AUGAGAAAUGAUAUGUUCCUGGGUCUCUUUCUUUCCCUCGUAUGUCUCAGUACAUUGACUUUCCCAAUCCCUGUCAGAAUCAUCGUUGAUGCUGACUAUGAAUCCGAUCAAGACAAUCCAUGGCUUUCUGUACCCAGAAAGUUCGCAAGAGAGACGAAACCAACACCAAAGAGAACAAGGGGGCCAAAGAAAACGUAUGAAGAGAAGUUGCAAAACGAUCGUGAACGUAAAAGACGCUUUUAUCAAAACAAUACCGAACAUCAAAAAAAGAUGCAUCAGGCUUCGUAUCUUAGGAGAAAAGCGGAUCCUUUAAGAGUGAAGCAUGAUCUUGCAACUAGAAAGAUUUACAGAGAAGCAAAUAGAGAAAAGAUUUCCUCAUAUCAGCGGGAAUACUACCUCAGAAGGAAAGCGGAAGCGGAGGCAAAGAAAAGACAAGCAGCAGACAGUGUGGAAAUGUCAAUCCAGCUUGAAAGCCAGAAAAAGAGAAAGCUCGAUACUAUCGUAGCCGAAGGGAGCGAGUCUCAUCGUAGUGCAAAUACACAUGCGAAAAAGCAAAGAGCAUCUUCUCCUAAGGGAAAUACAGAAGCAAAGCCUUCCCCUUGA